AUGGAUAAGGACACGGAACAUGAUACAGGCGCCCGCAGAGAGCGGCCAUGGCUCUAUGCAUGGAACCGUAGGCUUCGACAUUUACAGGGAAUUUCUAUACGCAACUUGGUUGUGACGCCUCCCCCGACUCGAGCUCGCGGCAAGACUAUUGACGAUGACGAUAUCCCGAAUACCUUAAAGACGCCUUCGAAGAUUCUAUCGCAAAGCGAAAAUCACACAUUGCAUCCCUCGCGAUCUUUCACUGAUCUUAAGUCACAUUCGAGUCAACAUGACAAUUCAAAGGAGCCCGCAAUGCCUUCGUUGCGUCGCAGAAGUACCUUGUUCUGGAAUGACCCCAAUCCUCGAACCCGGCAGGUCAAGUUAGGAGAUAUCAUCAACAGUCGCAUGGCAGAUACAUUCUUCUCACUUCAUUGCGAGGGCCUUAACGAGCCGAUCUAUAUUAGCGAAACGGUCGACCGGGCAAACAACCCAAACUUCCGAUCUUUCGAUUUAAAUCUAUGUGGCCCAUGUGUCUCUCGCAAAGACGAAUUGACUCUGAGGCUCUGGACAAAGACUGGUGACAUGUCUGAAUUCAUUCUGCUAGUUGAAUUGCAUCUGCAUUUGCGAUCACUGCAGUUCUUGGGGAAAACAUUGGAGAGCUUCCACCAACCACUUGCUGCGAACUCGAUCCUUUUUCACUUCCCAGAUGGUGUGUACUCCAACCUCACUGACCUUCCAUUGGUCGAAACACCGCUUCAAAAUCCAAGGCAGAAAGCCAUUGCAGACGGCACCGCUUUACCAUCCUCGUCCUAUGACGCUUUGAUGAAAUUGGCCAACUUGGACGAAUGUGUACAGGAUGCAUUGGCAACCAGGGAAAGAUUGGAAGCUCAGAUUAGCUCAAUUCUACAGAAGAAUGAGCGCUCACUAAAUGUAGCGAGCGAUGCAGCUGCGGCACAAGAAAAACUUGCUCUUACCAAGCAGUAUGUUGCCAUGGAGCGCAAACGAGUCCGCGCCGCAGUCAGGCGCAAAGAAGAGCUUAUUGCCAGUCUCAAGGCCCGGAAAGAGGCGAUGCAGCAGGGCCGUAGUGCCCAGGAAAAGACACGCAGUCAUCUUCCCGAGGCUCAGGAGAGGUUGAUCUCCAGCGAGAAAUUGCUAGAUCAAAAUGAGGAGGAUACCAAGGGCCAAAUCCGACGUAUUGCUGAAGAUCUUCUCACGAUCUACCCUAUUGACCCCAUUCCCGACAAACCUCUGGCAUUUACUAUUGCCGGGCUGGCUCUCCCAAACUCGACCUUCGAUGAUAUCGACCGUGAAGUAGUCGCAGCGGCACUGGGAUACACAGCCCACUUGGUCUAUCUGCUCUCAUUUUAUCUGUCGGUGCAUCUCCCAUACUCGAUCAACGCGAACGGGUCAACCUCAUUCAUACAAGAUCCCAUAUCUGCAUCACUCCCACAGCGCACGUACCCUCUCUAUCCAGUGAGUGUCCAGUACCGCUUCGAGUAUGCGGUCUUUCUACUCAACAAAGACAUCGAAUACAUCCUCAUCAAACAAGGAUUGCGCGUCUUGGAUAUCCGCCACACUCUUCCCAAUCUCAAGUACCUCCUUUACGUUCUUACUUCUGGCGACUCGGUGGUUCCCGCCCGUAAAUCUGGUGGCGUCCGGGCUUUUGCUGUUGGGCAGUCCACUCCUAAUCUUUCCCGGCGUGGUAGCGUGGAGAGUGGUGCAUCUGGUGAGAUGGUCCAUCCGCGCAAAGCUUGGGAGUCAAUGUCCCGGAUGAACGUCAGCCUCGCUUCACACAAAGUGAAAUAG